UGUUCAUGUUAAAACUGAGUCGUUGGAGGGAAGCUGCGCUGCCGCACCGUCUUCAUUAUUCCCUUAUUUUGUGGCUCAGUUUUAUUAUUACAGUGUUGUUGGAGGGUGAGUCAAGUGUACAACACUUGCUGCAUCACCCGGGGACGAGGAUGGCUUACGCAGCCUACAACCUAGCACCUCAGUGGGGUUUGCUGGGCUUUUGCAGUAUCAAAACUGAGGAUGUACAGUUAGUGGAGUUGAAGUCGGUGUCAACGCAGGUGACCAUCCGUGGCUUCGUAGCACAAGUGAAUGCCAAGCUAACAUACUAUAACCCUGGCUCUGAGGCUCUGCAGGUUCACUACCGGCUUCCAGUUGAUGAGAGUGCUGCCGUGUAUAAAUUAGAAGCUGAAAAUGUGUACAAAGAGGCUGUGAGUGCUGGAAAAACAGCAGUCUUAGCUAGACAGGAUGAAAAUGCAUCAGAUGUGUUGCAUCUGGACCUUGGCAAUCUCCCUGCAGAAUCAGAAGCUGAGCUCAACAUCAGCUGUAUAAUGGACUUGAAGGUGCAGACUGAUGGUGGAGUGAACUUUGUGCUGCCAACAGUUCUUAACCCUCGGUAUAGCCCAUCAUCCACUUCAGAAAAGUCCAGUGGAGAUGAAAAGAUCACAACACAGCUCGCAAACACGGCUAGCUCCGAGAAGAGUCAUAUGAGAUGCAUAUUCAUGGAGGUCUGGGUGACGCAGGAUGGUGGCUUCAAGAGUGACCAUGACUGGAGUCUCCUGAUCUACUAUGCUAAUCCCUACAAGACUCACAUAAUCCGUGAAACUGGUGACCGCUCUACCACCGGACUAAUGAAAGACGAUCUCAUCAUGAUCAAUCUUUUUCCUGAGGUUCCAUCUAAUAGUUACUCCAACAAAAAUGAGAUCAUUUUCAUAAUUGAUCGUUCAGGAAGCAUGGAAGGAGAGAAUAUCCAGAGUGCUCGAGCAACACUGCUGCUCUUCCUCAAGAGUUUACCCAUCGGCUGCUUCUUCAACAUAGUCAGCUUUGGCAGUACUUUCUCUUGGCUUUUUUCUGAUGGAAGCCGUGAAUACAACAAAGAGAGUUUAGCAGAAGCUUGUGAGCUGCAGAAAAGUUUAGGUGCUGACAUGGGAGGAACAGAGAUUCUUCGUCCAUUUCAGAGCAUUUACUCAAAACCUCCUCAACCUGGAUAUUCAAGACAAGAUUUGAACUUGGGUCCUUUUGGUUAUGAGUUGAAUCCUCUCCUACUGAACCACAAAACAAUUGAGACUAAGAAAAACCAUAUUAAUAGAAUUUCUGCUUACACUAAUUUACACAACCUUAACUCUGGUAUUAGGUUGCACUUUGGUAUCAGAGUGCAGUCAAAACUAGUAGGAUUUCAAAUGGUUAUGCAACAAGACAAACUUCAACAUAAAGUAAUGGGAUUGGUCAGCUCUAUGGUACAAGAGAGUGUACAGAAUGUAAGGGUCACUUUUGAGGUGGAGCCCACCAGCAGAGUUGCACUCAUCCCUAAAGUUCCACCUGUUAUCUUCGGUGGUCAGCAUCUGGUGUUAUAUACUAGGCUGCCUCCUACUACCACUGUGAAGGGAAUAAGCAUCAAGGGCAACAUUGGAUCAGCCGAGCUGAGUGUUAGCGUUCAGGGCAGUGAUGUUGUUACUGUUCAUGACACCGAGAUGAGUCUUCACCGCCUGGCAGCACGAGCACAGAUCAACCAGUGGCAGCUGGAUGAAGAAGGUUGGUGUCUGUCUUCUUAGUUCUCUUAUUAAGUG